CGACUUACAUAUCCCUACAUUUAUUUAGUAAGGAAAAAUUAUUGAAGAAAAAAACUGAAGUUACAACGUGCAAUUUAUUUAAACAAUUGCGAAUAUAGAGGAAAAAAAGAUACAUCAGCACGUUCUACGCCUGUCAAAUACAAAUCAAAAGAAAUCUGCUUUAAUUUCACACAAAAAGAGAAACGCCAAGAAAAUUUAGAACAAUUGGAAAGGAAAAGAAAUUGCGUUGAAAAUAAUUCAGGACGGCGACGACAGCAGGCAGUAACAAAACAACGACGACAAAAUUCUUGAAUGCGAUCGCAAGAAGUCGUGGCAGCAUCCCGAGGCGAAGAAGCAAAGCAAAGGAAUCAUCAAAGGAAAUUGCAAUUUGAACAACAAUUUUGAAAUACUGAAGAAAACAUAGCAAAAACAACAAACGAGGGCAUAAGACUGACUAGUAAUAUUACCGAGCGAUUAUUGUCUCAAAGAAAUUGAAAUUUUUCCACUCAAGCUAAGGUAGCGUAGCCAUCAAGAGAGCAGGACAUGGAAGACGAUUGGACAGGCAAAGCGGUCUCCAUUGAAUGCGAUGCAAAGUUAGGCGUAUUUCAGGGUAUCAUUUCACAGUGUACGCCUACCGAGAUCACAAUAGUACGGGCAUUUCGCAAUGGUGUGCCACUGCGCAAACAAGACGCGGAAGUAACUCUACGUUCCACGGACAUUACCAAAAUAAGUUUAUUGCCAUCUUACAAUAAUCAGAGCACUGUAACACCGACCGUAAUUAAUAAGCCCACCCCGGUUAAACAGCCCAACUUUGCCAAUGUAGCCGUCGUCAAUGGUGGAGGAGCAGCAGCAGCAACAGCGGCUGUUCCAAAACAAGAUGUCAACUCAACACUCAGUAACAAAAUGAAGCAAAGCAUGAGCCUAAAACAGGAAGGAAAUAUACAAUCACCCUCAUCGUCAAGGGCACCCAGUGCAUCAAUGUACAAUGGCAAGAAAUCAAAUUCACCACAGCAGCAGCAACAUUCAAGUAGUGUGGCCCUCUUUUUUGGCAAUCUUAUACCGCCUAAAGUUGAGGUGCGAAUGGGUGCCGCCAGUUGCUCGGCCUCCGUCUGCUCAACAUCGAAUAGCUGCAAUGCCGAAAGUUACGGCAGCAAUGGCGGUGGGGUUGGUAUUGAAAACGGUGCUUUAAAUUGUAGUAAACCCAUUGACAUUGUUCCAAGUGGCGGUUCCUAUUACGCCAGCCAGAAAGAGAAUGGCGGAGGUGGCGCAGCCUCAUACUCGAGUGGUAACGGCGGCGUUGGUCCCACACACAAUGGCAGAUCUCAACGUAACUCAUCCAUAAACGGCAAUGGUAGCUGCAACAACACAAACGGCGGCAGCAAUGGUAAUGGCACACGCAACAAGCAGCGCAAUAAGCAGGUACGACGUGAGAACAGCAUCAAACACAGUCAAACGUUUAGCGCCUCCAUUGAUGAUCCUUUGCUGCAUGAAGAUUUCGAUUUUGAGGGCAACCUGGCUUUGUUCGAUAAACAAGCCAUAUGGGACUCCCUGGAGGCUGGUAAAAAACCAGAUCUAGUACAACAUGCUGUUUCGGCAUCAAAUCAGAAAAAAUAUCGACAUGAUGAGAAUAUUUUGGUUAGUGAACCGGCCCAGAUGCGGCAAAUCGAAUCGUUAUUUGUGGGUGGCUCGGAAGAUUUUGUCACCGACGAGGGUCUAAUAAUACCCACAAUACCCGUAUUUGUGCGCACAAAAAUUGAAAUGUGUGCCCAGAAGUGUGGCCUAUCAUUGCAGCGACAAUUGGAUUUGCUGGCACGCGGUGCAACAGAUUUGGCCAUACUGCUGUUGGGCGGUGCUCGUCGCCUGACGCCCAAUAAUCGUCAUCAAUGGCCAACGAUUGCAAUAAUAUGUGAGAAAUCGGAGAAUUUUAGGUCAAGUAACGUUGGUGCUGCUACUGGCCGCCAGCUGGCAUCUCAUGGUUUAAGGGUAUUACUUUAUCUGGAAGAAGAUUCCAAUAUUGAACAAAAAAGUAUAGAAAUAUCGCUUUUUAAAGCAACUGGAAAUACGGUGGUGUAUUCCGUUGAAGCACUCCCUACACCUGAUCUUGUGAUAUUGUCGACAAAUUCUGCUAAUUUGUCGACCGACGUAAAGAAGUGGUUAAGUGAAAACCGAGCAUCUAUAUUGGCCAUUGAUCCGCCACCAAGUGGCAUUAAUGAUGUAUCCAUCAAAUAUUCAAUUAUACCAAUCUUACCAUUAAAUGGCAUAUCAUCGAAUAAUUGUGGCAAAUUGUAUUUAUGUAAUCUGGGUAUACCGGAUAAAUUUUAUCGUGAUGCUGGCAUUAAGUACAAAAGUCCAUUUGGGCAUAAAUUUGUGAUACCAAUCCACUCAAAGGACUGAAACUAAUUAAUAUAACAAUAACAGAAAAAAAAAAAACAAAACCCCCAAAACAACAGAAUUUCCAAAUCGACAAAACAAUGAAAAACAAAGCCAUCAACAAAAAAAAAAAAAAGAAAAAUUCUGUGGAGAUUGAAAUCAACCAACCAAUAAAAUGCAACUCAAGCAAAAUGGAAUCUUCGAAAAAAAAAAACUAAACAAAUUUUGGCAAUUUUACAAAACACAGACAGACCAAAAGUGGAAAUAUAUAAACUACAAUUUUAAACUUUUAAAAAGAUCAUGGAGAGCAUUACAAGAAUACAACAAGGCAGGCAAGCAGAGCAUUGCCACCACACUGAUGAUGAUUACAAUAGCAGUAAAACAACAAAAAAAUAUAUCAUUGCAGCCAAAACUAAAUCUAAUUUUAACUAAGCAAAUAUUUUAAAUUAUACAUCUGUUUGUUGUCUUUUUUAAAAAAAAAAGAAAGUGAAUGUACCAAAAAUCAAAACAAUUUGCCACUUUUUAAAUGUUGAUUUCAAAUUAACAUUCCCCUCUUAGAACAAUUCCUAAACAAAAAUUAAACUUAAUAUCAAAUUUGUAUUCUCUCCUACUUUUCCAUGGAAAUGCAAUCAAUCCCCCCCAAGAAAAAUAUUGGAAAAAAAAAGAAAUUGCCACAAAAAAUCUGAGUAAUAAAACAUCAACAACAAGAUUCCAAAUUAUGGUUUUUCAA